AUGUUAAAAGAAAGCCGGUCAACAUAUCUUUUAUAUGAAAACACACUCUCUAUCACUCCCCUCUUUCUCCAACUCCCUUUCUCCUCCCUCUCUUCCCUUUCUCCUACUAAUCUAAUCGAUAAGUCAAAGGAACCUGGCUUCCUUGGCUUUCGGGCCAGAUCUUCUUUGCAAAACUUCAUAUAUAAAAAAGCACGCACUCCAUCUCCCCACUCUCUCUCUCCUCUCUCUCCCCUCCCUUUCUCCUCCCCUCCCUUUCUCCUCUCCCCUCCCUUUCUCCCUCUGCCAUCGCUCUCUCUCCUCUCCUGCUCUCUCCCUCCUGCCAUCGCUCUCUCUCUCCCUGCCAUCGCUCUCUCUCUCCUGCCAUCCUGCCUCUCUCCUGCCAUCGCCUCUCUCCUCUCCUGCCAUCGCUCUCUCUCUCCCUCCCUGCCAUCUCUCUCCUCUCUCCUGCCAUCGCUCUCUCUCUACACCAUCCGCCAUCUCUCUCUACACUUCCGCCAUCGCUCUCUCUCUCUCUCUACUCUUCUGCCAUCGCUCUCUCUCUCUCUCUACUCUUCUGCCAUCGCUCUCUCUCUCACUACUCUGCCAUCGCUCUCUCUCUCUCUACUCUUCUGCCAUCGCUCUCUCUCUCUCUCUACUCUUCUGCCAUCGCUCUCUCUCUCUCUCUACUCUUCUGCCAUCGCUCUCUCUCUAUCGUUCUCUAUCACCCAUACUGUCUCUCACUUACUGACUCACUAUCUCUCAGCCUCACAAUAUCUUUCUAUCAUUCUCUAUCACUCUCGCUCUUUGUCUUUCUCACUCUCGCUCUUUGUCUUUCUCACUCUCACUCUUUGUCUUUCUCACUCAGUCUCUCUAUCACUCUCACUCUGUGUCUCUAUCACUCUCACUCUGUGUCUCUAUCACUCUCACUCUGUGUCUCUAUCACUCUCACUCUGUGUCUCUCUCAGUAUCUCACCAUCUCUCUCAUACAACUCACUCUAUCAUUCUCAUCCUUUCCCUCUCUCUCCCCUCUCAAAUUCUUUCUCACACUUUCUUACGCACGCACGAGGGCGAUCUCUCUCUCUCUAA